UGAGGUUCAUUUUUUUUUCUUUUUCUUUAAUUUCCCGAUUCCUGAUCCUCACCUCUCCUCGGGUUCUCUUCCGCGCUACCUAAAGAAACUCCCAAACCUCUCCAUUGAAAAAGCAGGAAAAUAUCAUCGAUCUCUCCUUUGGAGUCUCAUACUCUCAUCACACUGAUUUGGUGUUGCACAUGAUUCAAGGAUAUUGAGUGAAUCUAUCCGUAAUCCAGCCUUUGAUUUGCCACUGCCACCACAAGAUGAGACCAAAGUAUCAAAGUUGAAUCUAUAUAUGUAUGUUGGAAUGGGGAAAAAGGUUGCGAAUGAGGAGGUAGACAAACUUUCUGAAUCACUUAACGGUCUCUUCACCAAUGUCUCUACCAUGAUCAAAGGAGAACUCCAGGGCACAAAUAACUUGCUGGAACUUUUGGAGAAGAUGAAUACCCGAGUAGCAGAGGAAUACAAGGGCCUGGGCGAUGUAGCUUCUGGAUUGCGGAUUUUUGUGGAACAGUUGAAGGAAAAAAAUGGAAACUUUGAUGAAUACGUUCAGCAAAUUGAAGCGAUGGAGUUGCAACUGACCGAAUUUGAAGCUGUAGUUUCUGUGCUUGACAAACAUGUGUCUUUUCUGGAAUCAAAAGUGCAUUCUGCUUAUCAGCAAUCUCCAUCCUAAAAUACUAUGCUGAGACUAGUGUUUUCUGUUGGUGAAUGAUUUAAUCGAUCCGAGGAUUGAGAGAGGAGUCGAUGAAGAAACCAUGUAUAUACUAGAUGGGGCCAAUUUUUGACGCGGCUAAUGUAAUGGUAGGAAGUUCACCUAGAUUUGACGUUUAUGGAUGUGAUCUUGGGCUGGGAAUGGCAGUGCUGUACGUAGCGGAUUUGCUAAUAAAUUUGAUGGGAUGGUGAUAUGUUGCCGGGGUCUAGCAGGGAUUGGGAGUGUGAUGCUUGUGGUUUGUCUUUCGCCCUGAGUUGGCCGCAUCUCAUGAGAUUCAUUCAAAACUUCUUGUCUAUGUUCUUGUCCUCGAUUACGUUUCUUAGUCUUUGAUUUAUUUGUAUUCUCUGUUAUUGUUUUGUAAUCGAAGAAGUUAAACAGGCACUACCAACCACCAUUGACUGAAUAUUGUGUUUUCAACCAAUUUAAAGAUUCAUAACCUCUCUUCUUACUCAA